GCCGCCCGACCUCCAAAAAGCUGAAAGAAUUAUUAUUGAGAGUCAUAGCCCAUAACCCCUCCAACUCGCCCCGCGACCCUCAACGAAGAACAGGACAUAUCGGCCCUGCCAAGCGACGCCCGGAAAGGAAGGGAGAGUGACCUCCGCCCCGCGCCCAGGACUACCCUUGGAGGGAGAAGCCGCCCCGCGGCCCGCCACCCGCCCCGCCGCCGCGGAGACCCGAGUGAAGCUGUCUGGAGCCCAAGGCUGCUCACCGUCCAUCUCCUGCCACUACCCUUGGCUUGCACACGUGCUGAUUCUCUGCCUAGGAAAGGACCAUGCAGCUGGAGAUCAAAGUGGCCCUGAACUUCAUCAUCUCCUACUUGUACAACAAGCUGCCCCGGCGCCGGGCAGACCUGUUUGGAGAAGAGCUAGAACGGCUCUUGAAAAAGAAAUAUGAAGGCCACUGGUACCCUGACAAGCCUCUGAAGGGCUCUGGCUUUCGCUGUGUCCACAUUGGGGAGAUAGUGGACCCCGUGGUGGAGUUGGCUGCCAAGCGGAGUGGCCUGGCGGUGGAGGAUGUGCGGGCCAACGUGCCUGAGGAGCUGAGCGUCUGGAUUGACCCUUUCGAGGUGUCCUACCAGAUCGGCGAGAAGGGGGCUGUAAAAGUGCUGUACCUGGAUGACAGUGAGGGCUGUGUUGCCCCGGAGCUGGACAAGGAGAUCAAGAGCAGCUUCAACCCUGACGCCCAGGUAUUCAUUCCCAUCGGCAGCCAGGACAGCUCCCUGUCCAACUCCCCAUCGCCAUCCUUUGGCCAGUCGCCCAGCCCCACCUUCAUGCCCCGCUCCGCCCAGCCCAUCACCUUUACCACCGCUUCCUUCGCUGCCACCAAGUUUGGCUCCACCAAGAUGAAGAAGGGUGGUGGGGCAGCAAGCGGGGGAAGUGUGGCCAGCGGUGGGGCUAGCAGCCAGCAGCCCCCACAGCAGCAGCCUCGCAUGGCCCGCUCUCCCACCAACAGCCUGCUGAAGCAGAAGAGCCUCUCUUUGUCUAUGCAUUCACUGAACUUCAUCGCGGCCAACCCGGCCCCGCAGUCCCAGCUCUCGCCCAAUGCCAAGGAGUUCGUGUACAAUGGCAGUGGCUCUCCCAGCCUCUUCUUUGAUGGGGCCGAUGGCCAGGGCGGCAGCACCCCGGGCCCCUUUGGGGGUAGUGGGGCCGGCACCUGCAACAGCAGCAGCUUCGACAUGGCCCAGGUAUUUGGAGGUGGCACCAAUAGCCUCUUCCUGGAGAAGACACCCUUCGUGGAAGGCCUCAGCUACAACCUGAACGCCAUGCAGUACCCCAGCCAGCCGUUCCAGCCCGUCGUGCUGGCCAACUGACCACCCACCUGCCUGUGGGGCCAGGAGCACCCAAGACCACAGAAAAGAGAAAUGAAAGGAAAGGCCAAAAAAACGGGAAAAGAAAAAUUUACAAAAAGAUUUACAAUCUUCUCACUCUCACUUCUAGAGAAAAGAUCCAGCCAGGCGUGGAGCGGGAGGGGCUCCCGAAGCGCCCCAGCGCGCUUAACUCAGCCCCUCUGCUGCUUCCCCGCCUGCCUCUGAUUUAUCUGGUUGGUUUGGGUUUUACUUUUUUUUCUUUUUUUUUUUUUUACAUGUAGUUUUCUAUAUAACAUCUUUAAUUAGUGGCUUCCUGUGCUAAGAAUGGUCCAGAUGUGAAUUGCUGCUCCCUGCUCCCUCCCUCCUUCACACCCCUGGUUUAGGAUUGGUGUGUCCAAGCUCACAGGGAAGGAAAAGCUGCAGCUGGGGCCUGGCCCUCCCCAGAACAGGGAGAGGCAGUCCCCUGUCACUGCCUCCAUCACCCAGCUCUCUUCUCACUCAAAGCCAUCCAACCUCAGCAGGCCUUCUUGGGCCCUGCCACCCAAACAGGUCUGACCCUGGGCCCCACCCCCUCUCAGGCUUGGAUCACGGGGAGCUGGCUGGCUACUCGACACCCUCCCCCUAGAGCUGAUACCUAACUCCAGGGAGGUUGGCAGUCUGUCCAGUGGAAUCCCUUUCAUCUCUGUCCUGCGGUUCCAUGCCACCAUCCUCACCUGGCCCAGACUAUUAUCAUGGCCCUGGAGACCCAACCCGUUGGACAUGUGGUCUCUUUCAUGCAGCCCCCUUUCCCAGGGCCUGAGGUUGUGGGUAGGGUGGUGGGGCGGUGCAGGCGUGUGCGCGCGCGCAUGCGUGUGCAUGGUUUGCUGUCCUGUUUUUAAAGGGUUCCAAGCCAUGUGAAGCUUCCCCUCUGGAUGUGAUUCCGGGUAGCAGCAAGUGCUUAAUUUAUGUGUGAGGUUGGGGAACGGGCCAGGGUGGGUUUCAGUCCUGUAGGGUGGUUCGUGCGGUGGGGUGAGACUGCGGCUGAGCCUGAGACACUCCCAGGGGAAAGCACUGCAGAAGGAACUGGUUUCCUGACUGCAUCUGCACUUUUGUUUGUUUUUGACCAAAAAAAGAAAAAUGGGUUAGCUGUGAGGGGCUGAGGAAAUAUCCAGGCUCUGAUGCCUAAGAAGUCCCUGGACUCAGACCAUCCCGUUGUGUGACCUAAGCCCAAGGCGGGGGCUGCUCACCUGAGCUCCCUAGGGGCCAGGAGCUCUGGGUCAGUGCCCGUAGUGGGCGGCCCUAAUCCUCCAGCUGAGACUCUUUGGUCCUUUGGUUGUAGAUGUUUUAGUACAUUUCUGCCCCUUCCUGCUUGAGAACUUUUUGGUACCUCUUGCCAUCCCCUCUCACUGCCCGACCGACCCAACCCCACGGGGCCUUGAUGCCGUGAAGAGAGGUCUUCUGGGCAGGCCGGGCUCGGCCACCGCAGCCCAGGUGUUGGAUUAUGGAAGAGCACUGGCUCCCCACCUCUGCAGGAAGAGAAGUUGUCUCUCCAGCCCGAACCUAGUGAGCUGGCUUCCACGUCGUAAUGCUUUGGCAAGUGGGGCACAGGGCAUCAGGGCCCCCAUCACCAGAAAGUACCAAAGCCCUCGCCACCCGACCCCAUCCUCUCCAGCUAUCCCAGGUGGGCAACUGCUCUGGCAGUGGGUCUGGCCCAGACACUGCCAGCCUCCUCUCCCUGCACUGGGCACCAGCUCUACCUCCCCCAGCGGGGCAAUGCUCUGACUCCUCAGCCCAGCACCAUCUGUUCCCCUAAACUUCUCAGGGGCCAGCCCAGUCUGCGCCACCCUCUCCCUAGCCCUCGGUUCCCACACAGGUGACAGGCCCAGGCAGAUUGCUGCUCUCUGGGAAAGGUUGGAUGCUGCCUUAUGCCCCCUCCCAGUCCCCCACACACACUCCCACACGCAGGUACCCACCACCCCCGGUCAGCUUGUUUCUCACCACAUACAGGGAGAGGGGUGACCACCCCUUAGUGUCUUGAAAAGCGUGUAUCAGGAGCAUGACUCCAGCGCCGGGCUCUUGGGCCCAGUACGGUCUGUCUCGUCUCAAAUCUAGGCAUUUUUGCUUCAAUUUUAUUUUUUUUAAGAAAACAAAAAUCUGCACUAAUUUACCUGGUUUCGUAGGAAAACUUUUUUUUUAUUUUUUACAUUUUUUGGUGUCCGUUUGUAUUGAAUAAUUUGCUACAUUUGUAAAAUGUAAGAGGUAUAUAUAAUAUAUGUAUAUUUCUAACGUAAAAAAUGUAAUUUUUUUCUUUUCAAGAUUUUUUCUUAAAAAGAGGAGAGAAAGAUAUUUUUUCAGGAAAAACAAACUUUAAAAUAAAAAAGGAGAAUAAAACCUAUUUCUCCCCUUUCCCCAUCCUCUAUCUACCCCCUCUUUCCCAACAAAUCAAAAGGUGGAUUGUCUUGUAAAGAAUGUAAACUUUUAGUCCAGAAUGAUGUAUUUUUCUCAAUGCAGUGAGCUAUAGAUUCUCUAGUUUGACCCUUAAGGAAGGGAAGGGGGCAUUGAGGCUAUGUGGAGAGGGGCUUGGGGGAGCAGGGCAAUGAACUUGUUUUCUUUAGUGAAGGAAGAAUACAAUCAAGCGUUUUGUAUUCAGAAUGUUGUGCAAUAUUUUGGAAUGGGACAUUGGUGUGCUUAGAGGUUUAGUUUAAAAACAAAACAAAAAGAUUGAUCAAAUCUGUACAGUUUAUAUUGUUCCAGAUUUUUUUAAGUUUGUAUUAAAAGCAUGAUAUAUAAUAGC